UUAUUACCUAUGUAUUUCUUAACACGAAGUAAAAUCUCUUUACAAUAGUCGUCAUCACCGUCAAAAUAUUAAUGUAAAUGUUAUUAAAAUAUUUUCUUGACUGUAUAAUGCAGAAAAACGCCGCUGUAUUCACUAUCGUGUGUAUCUUGUUGUGUUUGGCUUUCAACUAUACUUUUCCUCUUCACAGAGGCACCAAUAUGAAAUGGCCAAUUACCCGGGUAUAUAGAAAUCAUUCUCAAUUUUGUAAAGCUUUACAUCACGUAGACAUUGCCGAAAGAACCAAGAAAAUGGCAAAUAAUGUGGAAAAUGCAAUGAAAAAAAUAAAACAUUCAGCUAGCGACAUUUAUUUGAACGGAAUAAAAAAGCUCCCUCGCAAAUUCAAGCUUAGUGAUGAUGAUUUUCGACAAUUCGAAUUGUCAGUUCUCAUGAAAAAGUAUCCCUAUUUAGAUUUAAAAGAGCUCGAGCAAAAAUUGAGCCCAUUGUCGAAUAAAAAUACAAGGCAAACUUAUCAUGCUCUCCAAGCUGAUUUUGGAAACGAUCCUAGUCUUUGUGAAUCAGAAGAAGACGUUAUUAAUGUCGAAAUAUCAAACAGAGGUCUCUCAGGUUUUUCUAUACCACCAAAACUUGUUAAAAGUGCUAGUAUAGAUGAGGGUAAAUUGAAUUUAAACAAUUUCAAAAGAAGGAUUGAUAAGGAUGAAAAUCUCCUAGACGUAUCGAAGACAUCAAAACGGAAUGUGUUGAAUAGUUUAAAAGAUGAUAUAAUGGCAUAUGAAGAGAAAAAAGAGAUAAAGUAG